AUGUUUUCAACCUCGUAUCGCGAGAAGACCGCACAGGUGGCCGGCCACGAGGUGAAGUGUAGCGUGCUGGACUUUGCCGACAAGCAGAUCGUCUGUCUGUCGCGAGACGGAGAGCUGGACGUGACGUACGACCUCCAGACACGCCCGCUGGCGGUGGAGGGGUCGGGAACACAGGUGCCUACAGUUCUGAUCGGUGGCAACCUCAAGACCCAAGUUCUGGCCGGCCAGAUCGGCCAGAUCAUCUCCAAGAACACUAUACUGAACACCAGUGGGAAAUUCUUCGCCAGUUCGGAGCCUGCCGACGAAGACCACGAAUUGCUUGUUGAGUUGGUGGGUCUGGUGAGGACCGUGCUGCAGUCGCAGCCAGCAUAG